CGGAGCCGGGAAGGGGCGUGGCCAGGGUAAUAUCUGGGGGCCCCGGCCGCCGCGCCUCAGUCGUCCGGGGCUGCUUUCGGCGAGCGGAGCACGACCAGGCGCCACCAUGAGCUCCAUUCUGGACGUCCGGAACCUCUACCAGAACCUGUUCAACCUCUCGCUGAGCGAAGAGCCGGACGCGCCCGCCUCCGCCUUCUCCUGCGGCCACUCAGCCCACUCCUCCGACCCGGCGCUGCCCGGCAGCGGGGACUCGGCGCUGUGGCCCCUGCGCAGCCCCUGGAGCCCCCAGGGGGAGCAACCGCGGCCCCCCUUGCGCCCGGAUCGCUCGGUCAGCCUGAUCGAGGGCAGGGCACUGCCACUGCCGCCGCUGCCGCCCCCACCGGGCUUCCCCCCGCUCAAGCAGCCCGCCGGCGCCCCGCCCGCCCCGUCGUCCCGCUACAAGACGGAGCUGUGCCGCACCUUCAGCGAGAGCGGCCGCUGCAAGUACGGCGCCAAGUGCCAGUUCGCCCACGGUGCGGCCGAGCUGCGCUCCGUCAGCCGCCACCCCAAGUACAAGACGGAGCUGUGCCACAAGUUCUACCUGCACGGCGAAUGUCCCUACGGCGCCCGCUGCCACUUCAUCCACCUGCCCGACGAGGCGCAGCUCUGCGGCAGUGGCGGGGCUGGCCCGCAGCUCCUGCGCCAGAGCGUCAGCUUUUCCGGGGUGCCCAGCACCCGCCGCGCCUCCCCGCUGCCCGGCCUGCCCGACCCGGCCUCCUUCGCCCGGGCACCCUCGGCCUCGCCCCCGCCCGCCUGCGCCGAGCUCCUGUCACCCGCCUUCGAGCACCUGGCCGGGGACCCCCUCGCUCUGCUCUCGCCCUUCGGGGACUCGCUGGCCGGGACCCUCUUUGGCAGUGGCGGCGGCAGCUGUUGCUCCUGCCGCUGCCGGAAGUCGGCCGGCCUGGGCAGCUCGCUGCAGGGCGCCCGGGACUUCUCGGCGGCCCCCGGGACGCCCCCCUCGGUCCUGCCCAGGACCCCCUCCUCCAACUCGCUCUCGGACCCCGACUGCUACAGCAGCUCCAGCAGCCUCAGCGGCUCCGACUCGCCUGUCUUCGACCAGCACCCCAUCGGCGGGCCGGCAGGGACCCCUCACCGCCUGCCCAUCUUCAACCGGCUUUCGGUCUCGGACUGAGGGCCGGACGGGACUGUUCCAAGCUGGCCAUCGAUGGCCACGGAAGGGGCUGCCCUCUGGACGGGAUUUCCUCCCCGCCUGAACUGAUGCCAGCUGCUUUUCAGGGCUUUGCCUGCUCUUGAAGUCCUCCUGUUGCCUGUUCUUUUGCGGGGGUGGGAGGGUGCAGUGCUUUUCCUGCCUCCCACCUGCCGGCCUUCCCGCCCUCACUGGGCCUGGGCAACGGGGUUCCAGAUGAUUGCAGUUUCCCUCUCACAGAUAGUGCCUUAAGCAGAAUCUGCACUUGGACACCAGAUUGAGCAGUUGCGCAGAGGUGGGCCAGGUCCUUACCUCCCCUCCCCCCCUCCCCAGGAGUGCCUUAUGGCAGCCUGCAUCAGACAGUCGGGUCUUUUAACUGUCUCAAAAAUCCCCUUUCAGGGAGCCAGGAAACCAAGCUGGGGGGGGGGGUCAAUUUAAUUUUCUCUCUGGUUUUGCACAAAACAGCUGGCUGGGCUGAGCUGAGAGGGUGAACUGCCUCACCCCCUUGGGGCAGUUGCCUUUCCCCCCUCCCUUUAAGAAAUUCAACUGUCAGGAGAUUGUUCCCUUUUUAGGAAUUGCCUCCUCCUCCUCCCCCCCCCAACCUGGAAAAACCUAGAGAAGUUCAAACAGAGGAUUUUUCUUUGCUCUUUAUUCUAAAGAGCCGAGGUGGCGCAGCAGUUAGGGUGCAGUACUGCAGGCCACUUUAGCUGACUGUGUUCAGCAGGUCAGCGGUUCAAAUCUCACCGGCUCAAGGUUGACUCAG